GCGUCCCCUAGAUACAAGUUAACCUGGUGGGUUUACGUUUUGAGGCGCGAAAUGGUUGUUGAUUGUGCACUGUCACCAUGGUGAACACCAGGUCCGGAGCUAGCACCACCCCCUACAGCAAGGAGCAAGAGGAGAUAGUUGCUUCCCUUCUGCUAGAGAGAAAGGAAAGGAUGGAGAAGAGGGAGUUGAUCAAGCAGGCCAAGAUGUUGGCCCUGCUAGAAGAGCAGGAAGCAAAGAAUAGGCAGAUGGAGGAGGAGAUGGAGAAGUGGACGAAGGAGCAGGAGGAAAAGAUGGCAGCUAUACAAGCGGUGGUGGAGAAAGAAGAAGAAGAAGAAGAAGAAGAAGAAGAAGAAGAAGAAGAAGAAGAAGAAGAAGAAGAAGAAGAAGAAGAAGAAGAGGUAAAAAAAGAAGCGGCAUUGGAAAGAAGAAGAGGUGAAGCCAGUACGAGUAAGGAGGAGGAGAUUGAGAAGAUAACACAGGAAUGGGCCGCACACUUGGAAUUGGGAGGAGAUAGAGAGGCAGAGUUGGCCAUAUCCCAAGAAGAGAGAGAAGCGGCGAGGAGGCAGUCGGAAGCAGAAAGGGACCCUGUGAGAAGAAGGGCGAAGAAGGAAGAACAGCAGAGGGCAUGGAAGUGGCGAUUGUCCCAAGAAAAAGUUAGGCGUCCGGAAGCAGCAGAGGAAGCAGAAAGAGACUUAAAGGCGGUAGAGGCCAGGAUGGGGAAGAUCAAGGCUGAGACCGAGAUAGCUACCAAGGUUGAGACCCUGACCCAGAGUGUAGAAUCCCUACUAAUUGCACAUCGUGACCAGAUGCAGUACCUACGCAGUCAAGAUAUAAAGUUAGAAGCGAUACGUACCGGGUUUAAAGAUUUUGCACGAGACAUGAUGAAGUACUUGGUGGAACAGGUCCACCUGGCGAUUAGUAAAACGAAGGAAUUCUGCAUUGGCGCCAUCGAAGGCGCCAAGUUAGCGGCUGCUAAGGAAGAGGAGUUGGCCCCACCACGUCACAAGAAAGUCAAGGGAUGCAAGUACUUCUCAAAGAUAAAUCUGAAAUCGGGGUACCAUCAGAUAGAGGUGCAUCCUAACGAUCAGUAUAAGACGACGUUCAGGACAAGGUGCCUGGAGAGGAAGUGGGCUGUGAAGAAGACAGUGGCCAUAGCGAACCAGCGAGGAGGACGUCGGCGGCCAUAGCUAGGAGGAGGAAGACGAAAGCGGCCAUAACCGCCCAGCAGUAGUCUCAGACAGUGUACAGAGGGUGUGUGUCUGUGUAGCGUGGACAUUCAGGGUGAUCUUCGUACAUGCAUGCAUGAGGGAGAGUGAGGCUGGUGGUGGAGACAGUGUUUGGCGGCCAUAGCCACAAGUUGUACAGUUGUUUUGAACAGGGUUUAAGUGCAAGUUCAUUGUUGAUUCUGAGUUGACGAAUUUGGUUUUGCCGUGUAUGCGUGUUGAAAGCAAGUCUGAAGUCGAGUGUGAUUGCACCGGCAGUGUCACAAUUGCAGUUUAUGUGCGGAGUGAACAUGAGGAGGAGGACAGUGGCGCGGGUUAGGGGAGAAUAAACAUGUUGGGGCUGU